UUAUCUCGUGUUUCUUCCAGACGUACAAUAUCGACGCCCAGAUAGGAGAUUCGUCUGCAUGCGCCACGGCGCUCAUGUGUGGCGUGAAGGCCAAUGUCAACACAUUGGGUCUCGACCACCGGGGCAAAUUUGAGGACUGCAUGUCCUCUUACACCGCAGGAGUCACUUCCAUCAUUGAUUGGGCACAGAAUCAUGGAAAGAGCACUGGGAUCGUCACCAACACACGCAUCACGCAUGGCACCCCUUCCGCCCUCUACGCUCGCAGCCCCUCUAGGUAUUGGGAGGACGAUGCCAAGAUCCCUGACCACUCCCACUCCUCCUGCAAGGACAUCGCACGCCAGUUAGUGGAGGACGAACCAGGGAAGAACAUUAACGUGCUGAUGGGUGGCGGGCGGCGCCACUGGCUGCCCCUCACUGAUUUCGACAGGGAGGAGAGGAACCAGAGGGGACGCAGGACUGACGGCAGGAACCUCCUCGACGACUGGGUGCGAGACAAGAAGGCACGCGAUCUUAACGCAGAGUAUGUGUGGAACAAAGCACAGUUCGACAAGGUGGAUCCAAGACACACCGACUACCUGUUGGGUAUCUUCGGUUAUUCCCACCUUGACUUCGAGGUGGAUCGCAACAAGGGUCCGCUGGGUGAUCCUUCCCUGGUGGAGAUGACUGUCAAGGCCAUCCAGAUUCUGAGGAAGAACCCGCGCGGCUUCUUCCUCAUGGUUGAAGCUGGGCGCAUAGACCACGCCCACCACCACAAUAAUGCGCGGAGGGCACUGGAGGAGAUCGCUGUUCUGGACGACGUCGUUCAGAACGCCCUCAACAUUACGUCCGUCAAGGACACACUCAUCGUGCUCACAGCAGACCACUCCCAUGUGUUCACUGUGGGGGGCGAUAAUACCCCCCGUGGCCACCCCAUCACUGGUCUUGACACCGAGAUCAGUGACAUGGAUGGCAAGCCCUACACGACGCUCCUUUACGGCAACGGCCCAGGCUAUGCCCAUACCACACCUACCGGCCGCCACGACCUGACAGGAUUCAACACUCAGGACAUCAACUUCGUGCAGCAGGCGGCGGUGCCCAGGAAGUAUGAGACGCACGGCGGAGAGGACGUGCCGGUGUACGCCAUUGGUCCUGGGUCACACCUUUUCUCCGGCACGGUGGAGCAGACCUACAUAGCACACGCCAUCGCUCACGCCGCCUGCAUUGCUGAGGACAACAGUCACUGUGAGAAGCCUUUUGGUGAUGACGCUUGUGCCGCGGCCCCAGGCCCUGCCCCAGCCCCGACCUCCCGACGUCCACUUGGCCAAGUUCCGCCCACAAUGGAGGACGAUAAGCAGCAAGCACGAGAUCCGUGGGCGUGGAGCACGGCGACACGGGCGUGGACGUGGACCGCCUACCAAGCACUGACAUUGCUUAUGCUCCCUGUUGUGCUGGUGCUGCGCUGAGCCCCUCUUGGCUGCACACACUCAGGAAGGGAUCCCCCGCUCCCCGUGUUCGCUACACUGCGAGGACUGGAAGGAGAGUGUGGAUCCCGAGGCGAGACUCUAUGUCCUCACUUUUACCGUACCUCCAUGUGACAGCGAAAAUGCUUCACACGCCAUGUUGAAAAUUGUAUAAUAGGUUUUACUCGAGCUUUAUCAGGAUGCACAGGAAGGGUGGAUCCUGCUGCGUGACGGCCAGGUCGGUGCUGCGAUGCUGCUGUGCCUGUGUCGUCUGACUCUGCGACUCAGAUCCUGAUGUGUCCCCGAGUCCUCCCCAGCCUAGCGAGGAUGAGGGCUUUUAGCGCUGACUGAUUUAUAAAGUGUGAGUUAGUUGACGAUAUAGCGAUCAUUUACAGGUAUAUUUUUCCCCAGUAUUAUUUUCACUUGAAUUCUACCUCUCUGCUUUGAAGCGGUGGUUGUAAGGAAAAGCGUUGACAAUCAGUGAAUGAAAAAAAAAAAAAAGCAGAAGUGAUGCGAUCAAGAGUGAAGAGAAAAGAAAAUCUCAAGAACAGUGACAGAUGAGUAACAGUGCAGACGAUAAAAUAUACGAGGCUCGCCACCCCCGCAGCGGCCUUGAGAGCCCUGUCUGCCUGCUGUGCUAGGACCGAUGUUUUCAAGAGAUAGUGGACUGUGCAUCUAUACUAAUUAUGUUUGCUUACAAAUCACAUGAUUUGAAAUAUUCAUGUUGUUGGGACUUUGAUAAAACAUAGUGAAAAUUAACAACAGAUGCCUUCGUCAUUAGAUUUAACAAAGUAGUCACGUUAGGAUAUCUGUUUGUGUGUCAGUAUUGAAUACACGCUGCAGUUGAUUCUCUAUUGAACGAGCGUGUGUUGUGUAUACUAAAUUAUCAAUGUUCCUUAUAUCAGUCAUCAUACUCAGACUCCAUAGUUGUGUGAUGAAUUACAAGACAUAAGUUCAUCCCCCCGAGGAGCAAGUACUGGAGGAUUUACUCUUAUUUGCACCUUAUUUCAGGACUGCUGAUUGUUUCCCUGCGUCCACGGCCUCUUUUGAUGAGUUUGUGUCAAGAUGAAGCAUGGACCUCAGGCAUGCAGGACCAAGCCAUUUGUUGUGUUGAUAUUGGGAAGCACCGUCAGGUAAUAGAUGCUCUUCAUUUAAAUUGAUUUGAUUUUUAU